AUGGGGACUGGAUAUUCGACGCUACCGACCAAUGAUGACAAUGACAUGUUCGUGGCCGCGGCUUGCAAAGAUCUUGGGUAAGUGGUAAAUUAGUUUUUGAAGGUUUAGAGGUAAAAUACGACGUUCCUGAUAAACGUUUUUAAAAAAUAGUUAUUUAAAAAGUUUUUUGCCAUUUUUAAUUAUAGGAUAGGUAGACCUGAAAAGGGCUUACUAAGUCUAUCUCAAACCCUAGCGCUAGUUAUAGUCUUAGCGCUAGCUCUAGCUUUAGGUUUAUUUCUAGCUCUAGCUCAAACUCAAACUCUAUCUUUAGUUUUAACUUUAGCUUUAGCUCUAGCGCUAGCUCUAACUCUAACUCUAGCUCUAGCUCUAGCUCUAGCUCUAGCUCUAGCUCUAGCCCUAGGUCUAGCUUUAGUUCUAGUUCUAGCUCUAACCCUAAAAAUUAUAUUUUGAGGGUUUUUAUUCAUGUAUAAUAUUUUUUUAGCACGAAGCACUGUACGACUCAAAUAUUUCGAAAAGAACCUCAAAUUAGGCCGACAUUACACAGAGAGUCGAUCAACACAUUAGCGACAGUCAGGCCUGGAAUUGUCAUUAGUGGAAGCUCGGAUAGGGUACGUUUUUAUUCUUUUUAAUUACAAAAAAUUUCAAAAAAUUUUUAAAAUUUUUAAUUUUUUCGACAAUAACUUCCUUUACGAAGCUAAAGGAACGGAAUUUUUAAAAUUCCAAAUUUCAGAAUGUAAUAGUGCAUAAUAUGGACACAGGUGAAUGUGUUAAUAAAUGGAGUGGUCACGAGAAAGAAGUGACUAAAGUUGUAUAUAAACAUGUUGGUGGUAAACACUACGUACUCUCAGGUUCUCGCGACACGAAUAUCAAGCUAUGGCGGUUUAAUAACCCCAAGGCGGUGAUGACAUAUCAUGGACAUGAAAUGAGUUUAAGUGGACUGGCUAUCAUUGAUGGUAAGUUGUUUCUUUUUCCCUAGCCCUAGCUUAGAGACCCAUCUAAGAACCUUAGACUAGAGCUCUAGCCCAGAUCCCUAACCCGGAGCCCUAGCCCAGAGCCCACAGCCCAGAACCCUAGGCCAUACACAUGUUCAUCUCCCACACCUUCAGAUCUCUGUUUCGUAUCCGGUGGUCGUGACAGUACUGUACGACUUUGGGAUUUUGAAACAAAUCAACCAGUUCGUACUCAAAAGAUCAACCGUAACAUGGUAACCCAUAUUGACAAAGUACCUCAACAAAAUCUGUUCAUACAAACCUCCGAAGAUCGUACGUUACGACUCUGGGAUGUACGAACAAUGUCAGUCGUUUUUCAAAGUCAACCACGGAAUCAGAUUCUGACUCAUUGUGACAGUUCGGCCAACUCAAAUUUGUGUUUGACAGCUAAUGGAGGGUCAGUCAAUGAGGGGUGUGAGGUUACUGUAAGUUUUUUAACUUUUAUUUUUUAAUAUAUAGACACUUGGGUACUAGUCAGUACCAUUAUCAACUUAAAAAAGUUUUGUCGUUUUUGAACGUGCGAGUCCAUGGGCUUUGGCGACAAGACUUUUUUACAGCUAUGUAUAAGUCUUUAACUACAUAAACUUUAUAUAUAUAUAUCUAUAUGUUAAUGUAGUAAUACAUUGUUUUAGUUAUGGGACCUCCGAGCUCAAGACGUAGUAAAAGAGUUCAGAGGACAUGAGAACACAGUAAAGUCAGCCAUCUUCAUGCCACAACAAGUAACGUGGAAGAAGCUAGUAAUAAGUGCGUCAAGUGAUCACACAGUUCGAGUUUGGAAUUUGGACGAUGGAAGUAAGUAUUAUAGUUUUGGUAAAAUACGGUGCAUGUAGGUGCGGCGACAAAAUAAAAAAUAUUGAUAAGGAGAGUAUUAUUUAUUUAAUGUUAAGUUUAUGGUAGACUAACCUAAGGCAAACGAUGGCAAGAGCUAAGACAUAAUUAUGGCUAUGGGAGAAAGCUAAAGCUAGGACUACGGCUAGAUCUAAAGGUAAAGGUAGAUAUAGUCAUGGGUAUGAGUAUACUAAAGGUAGAUAUAACCAUGGGCAGGGACGUCGUUUGGCGGGAGGGGGAGUGGUUCGGGGUGACAUCACUUAUGCGUAUACGUGGAAGAACAUAAAGAAAGGGUAGCUGAAGGAUAAAGUUAUGAAAAGCCUUGAGCUAUAUUUUGUGAUAGGGCUGGUGCAAGGCUAAGGCUAGAGCUUGCUAUGGCUAUAGCUAAAGUUAAGACAAAGAGGACAAAAGCUAGAGCUGGGACUAUUUACAAAAUCUUUUAAAAAAUUUUUGAAAUGUGUUAUUAUAGGUAUGUUAUGGAAAGAAACAAUACCAACAAACGUGGAACUUCAUGCUUGUGUUGGAUUUGCGGAUGGAAAGUAAGCUUUUAUUUAAAGCCGAAAAGCCAAUUUAAAAUUUUUGCACUUUUAGUGUGGUGGUAGCCGGUGACGAAGCGAUGUUAUGUGGAAUGAGAUUGUACGGUAAAGCUGGUCGACCGUUCUUAUUUUGCAACUCAAUUCAAUCCAACUUCCAUCAUCCGACUAUGAUGCCUGGGGCUACUAGUAGUCAUAGCAUAGGAUAA